GCCGAAGACAUCUCCGGCCUUGAUCUCCGUCUUUUCUUCAUCCUUCACACCCGCCCCCAUUGCCUUCGGCAUUCGUCCUAAUCCUUUUCCACAUCAUCGUGCACCCGGACGUCGACGCGCCCUCUACAUUGCCCCCGACGACAUGCCGCUCCCAGGCACCUCAGGCACACCUCCUUAAACUGCCACCUCCACAUCAUUGACGCGUCUGGCUCAUUUCAGUCUCUCACGCACCCAAACACCUCCAUUCACCUCUCAUCUCCUCACACAUCGCCGACAUGACUGGCUCGUUCAUGCCCGUCCCCGGGGCAGACGAGUACGAGCUGAGCUCGUAUGACGCCGAGCUCGGCGCCCACUCGGUGCAGUGGGUCGGCACUCCUGGCGUCAAGGGCCCCGCGUGGGCCAAGCUGCCCCUCCUCACCGUCGGUGUGCUCGGCACGCAGGUCGUGUGGUCGAUCGAAAUGGGUUACGCCUCACCCUUCCUUCUGGAACUCGGCCUGAGCAAGUCCUGGAUGUCCCUCGUCUUCGUUGCAGGCCCGCUCUCGGGCCUCAUCGUCCAGCCCCUGAUCGGCGCGUACGCUGACCGCUCACGAUCGCGCUUCGGCCGUCGCCGCCCCUUCAUGCUGGCAGGAACGGGCGUAGCCGUUGUCGCCAUGAUGCUGCUGGGCUGGAGCCGCGAAGUCGCCGGCCUCUUUGGGUUUGGGAACGGGGGCGCGAUUGCCUGUGCCGUCUUCUCCAUCUACCUCAUCGACUUUAGCAUCAAUGCCGUCAUGAGCACAGACCGCGCUCUGAUUGUGGACACUCUGCCGCCACAGCAGCAGGAGGCGGGGAAUGCUUGGGCGGGACGCAUGGCAGGCGUCGGCGGAGUGGCUGGUUUCUUUGUCGGCAAUAUUGACCUCACCACCAUUCUGCGCUGGCUGGGCAACACGCAGCUGCAAAUUCUUUCGUUCUUGACUUCCACCCUCCUCGCGCUAGCGCACACGUCCACCUCCUGGGCUGUGACUGAGCGUGUCCUCCUCCGCGACGACCGGGAACAGUCACGUUCCGGCGUCAUUUCUGCCAUCCGCUCGAUCUGGCGAAAUAUGUUUACCCUCCCGCCUAGCAUCCGAACUGUGUGCUUCAUUCAGUUCUUCGCAAACCUCGGCUGGUAUCCCGUGCUGUUCUGGACUUCGCUUUGGGUUUCCGAUAUUUACAAGCAGCGGACACCUCAAGGAGACCUCUCCGCCGAGGUGUGGCAGGCAGACGCCGUCCGCGCCGGCUCCCGUGCCCUCUUCCUGCAAGCUGUGAUCACGCUGGGCGUGUCCAUUGGCGCACCAUUCCUCGUUACUGAAUCUGGCAUUAGGUCUCACAACGCAUGUUCUGCGCUCGCACGCGAUGACGAUGAAGACGACGACGGGCGCGGCACACCCAACUCCGCCCAGUGGAAGAGGGAAGAGGAGGAGCGCGCACGCCUCCCCCUCGGCGAACGGGUGGCCGCGUCUGUCGCGGCUGGGAUCAAGGCCGUCCGGUCGGGCUCGGCGUGGGCGUUACCCAUUCCCGGUUUGACCCUCAUUCGCUUCUGGACGAUAGGGCAGGCCAUCUUUGCCAUUUGCAUGUUCCUGACUUGGUUUACGACGUCAGUUGGGGGCGCCUACUUUGUCAUUGCGACAACAGGCAUCUCAUGGGCGUUGGCAGGGUGGGUGCCAUACGCGCUGUUGGGCGAGCUCGUGCUCGUCGACCCGUCGAAUGAGCCGCGCACUUUGCGGAAUGCGCCAGUCUCCGAAGUCGUCUUCUCCGCGGACGCAGAGCGCAGCCUCGCGGGUGUGCACUCGCGCUCGCAUUCACGCGCGCUCUCCCACGAGACGCUGGGGGACGGCCCACAUCCCCUCUCGCGUCUCGCGAUACCCGGGAUGGAGCCGCCCGAUAUCGACGAAGACACGACUGUAGUCCUGCGACACUCGGGCGAGAGCGAGCGUUCUGUCUCGCCCGGGUCCCCCGCGCCAGCGGCCGAGUCGAGCACGGCGGACAAGGCGGGCCUGAUUCUUGGUAUCCACAACGUCUUCAUCGUCCUCCCCCAGUUCCUCAUCACGGCGAUCAGCGCCGUCAUUUUCCACAUGAUGGACGCUACGCCUGCUCCGGUUCCCGGCGAGAAGGAGGCGCGGGCGGCCACAGACGGCCCAAGCUCGCCUGAUGCUGUCGGGCUCGUGUUCCGCAUUGGAGGGGCGAGCGCCGCAGCUGGCGCGUACCUCUCCUACCGCCUGGCGCGGCGGUGGCAGCGCGGCGAAGCAUAGACUUGUACUGUAUCUGUAUUCAUUGGCCAGUUCACUAGGGAGAGCACGCCGAAAUGGGACCAUAUGCCUCGAUGUCUUGCUCGAGAAGCCAUCAGCCUGAAAGUGUAAUGCCACCGGCCGAAGGUCUGCGGCAACCUCAUCAGAUCACCAGUCAAUUCCCAGGCACGCCACGUUCUCUUGGCAGCCUAAUGUGAAUCCAAGAUGUGCCUCUACGUUCCGCGUUCUCUCCUCUCUUCGGGGCGUGGUGAGGACAUGACGUUGGUACUCGACUUGGCUCGGGUGGUCCCUGCGCCUUCGCCGCGCCCGCUGAUGAACCGCGCACUCAUAUACUCGCGCCUUCGCCGCGCCCUCAUGCUCACGCCCUCGCGUUCUCAUCUUCAUGCUGAUCCUCCUCGCCAUCUUCGUCGGCCUCAGUGA